AUUAAAUGGCCGAUAGUAUUGAAUCUAUAUGUACUUGGCAAAGAAGAUGAGAACAAUCUACGAAGACGCUACACUGACAUAUUUCAGCUGGACCAAUCUCAAUCUCACAGAGUCUGAAUUUUAACAGUAAUUCAAAUGCAACUGCAGACUUAAUGGAUACUGGGGAAUCAAAAAUGAUAUGUUUACAUCGCCUGUAUCUCAGUAGGACCGCUUAACAGGGCCCAUUGCCCCUAUGGGUCUAAUAAAAACCGUACAAGAAUAUAUCAAUACUGGAGGAGUUAGAAAAUUCAUCUCCAAGUUCAACCCACACAUUUGUCAAGCACUUUCAAAUGAUUUUCAAACUGUGGACACUAGAUUAGAAGGGGGGAUAACUUUUCCAUCAAGUACAUGCAAUAUGUAAAAGAAGUGGCCUUAUCGUUUUGGUAAUGAAAAUUCUGCUGGCUCAAUUGGACCGUUCUUCUGUAGACUAGUCAAAUCAAUGGUCAAAUCAAUGCUACUGGAUUUUUUUAUUCUCCAGCCCUUCUCCUGAAUUGUUGUUCAUAUAUUUUGUGAAGAGUGCAGUUAAUUUUUCAACGCUUAUAUUAACCUCAAUUUCUGUUCUACAAUCCGG